UGAACAAGGCGGUUUUGAGAUAAAUUCUAAGAACAAACGUGGUGGGAAAGGUGACAAGUCUAAAUGAAAAAUAGGAUGGAUUGUGAGGAAAACGUUGGGAAUGAAUCGCUAGUUCUGAUAAAACAAGGAGCAGAAGCUAGGGUAUUGGAGUCUACAUUUUCUGGAAGAAGAUCCAUUGUGAAAGAACGUUUCUCGAAGAAAUAUCGCCACCCGAUUUUGGAUGCCAAACUCACACUCAAACGCUUGUAUGACAAAGGCAAGAAAGCUAGGGGUUUGUACUCCAGUCAUCUAUGCUGUGGAUACUCUGCUUCACUCUUUAACACUUGAGUACAUUGAGGGCGUCUCUGUUAAAGACAUUCUCCUUGACUUUUGGGGCGAAUGGGGUUGUUGAGGAACGGUUAGAUGAUGUUGCUACUCAGAUUGGGACGGCCAUCGCUAAGCUCCAUGAUGGUGGCUUGGCUCACGGUGAUUUGACCACAUCAAAUAUGUUAGUCAGAAGUGGAACAAAUCAGGCUGAUUUAAUCAGCUGGUACUAAUCGAUUUUGGCUUGAGUGUCACAUCGACCUUGCCUGAAGACAGAGCUGUUGAUCUAAAUAUAUACCUUGCCUGAAGACAAAGCUGUUGAUCUAAAUAUAUACCUUGCCUGAAGACAAAGCUGUUACUCUCAAUGCAUUCUUCAUGCGGGAAUGUGAUGGAUCGUAUACUGACAGCGUAUAGGAACUCCUCAAAGCAAUGGUCCGCCACAUUUAACAAGCUCGCCCAAGUGCGGCAACGAGGGAGAAAGCGGACUAUGAUUGGAUGUGGCCAUGAGCCAAGAUCUCCAAUUGUCCUGUCCUUAAAACUUUGAGCACAAAGCCACCCAAAUUCUGCUAUAUGAUCGAAUAGAGGUGGGAAGACACCAUGCCUUGGAUGUCUAAACACAUGUAACACUGCCUUGUAUCAUUUUUCGAUUGCUAUCCAAGGUUGAAGGAUGAUAUGUGAUGUGUGAUCGCUUUUUCAAUUAUAUCAGAAAACAAUGCAGAAAAUAAGAAAAGGAAGAUUUCAUUC